UUCAGUAUCUAUGUGGUUAGCCUUUGGAGAUACUAAUAAGUAGGAUUGUGUCUGGAAUUCUACAGAAAUAAAAAUAUGCCCUUGAAGCAAGGUCAGGUAAAUGUUACCCUCACAUUCGUUCUGUCUAAUGCCCCAAAAAUGGUAGGCCUAUAGGCUUCUCCUUACUAUGAACCUUUAUCAUUUGACACAUUUAGUGCAUGAGCCAUCAUUUGAAGGAAGAAUACUUACUGAUUUUCAGGGCAUUAAAGGUAUCUGUUGUGUAACUAGAUGCUGUAGCCUACCAUGUGAAAGAGAAGCACCCACUCUUUAAUGUAGAAAAAGGGGGUUAGUUGAGAACAAACAGCCAAUUUCCAGAUUCAGCAUUUUUGAGAAAGGCCAUUUGCUCUCUGGCCUGUUUUGUGCUGACAUUAGAGCAGCAAAUAUACUUAGCCUCUGAUGGAUACAGUUAAAACAGCAUGCAAAUUAAUGUAUUGAAGAGAGGUGGCAAUUCUACUGACACCAUUACUCAUAAAUGAUAAUGUAUGAUAGAAGUCAAUGAAUAAACAUAAUUCUGAUAUUUUAAUAACAGUAACUGCACAUUUCCUACAUUUAAAAAUUUACAAAAGUUAAUAAUGUAAUUUACAAAUGCUAUCAUACAUGGCCAUUUACAGUGCAAAAUGCCAUUACAAUGUCAUUAUACUUUCUCUUCAUAGCAACUACAAGCUGUUUAUUCACUAUUUUUUACUUUAGAAUCAAAUACUUUUAUGGGUGUGCCAUGACCUAGUUAGGACAAAGAUGGAUUCCAAGCAGAGGAGGAAAAAAAGGUUAAAAAUGUCAAAGGGAUAACAUCCAGUAUUUUAUCUUCCUUCUUCUCAAUCCUGUCAAUGAGGAAUCAUUGUAAUUUAUCAUAGUCCAUAAAGAGAUGAGGAAAUCAAGUAUAAGAUCCCUUUUGGAACAAAGGAAACCCAUAUUUGCCAUUGAGUCCCAUUUCAGGAAAAUGGCUGCUGAGCGCGCGCUCAGCCCCCUCUCUGCUCACUGUUAAAGGAUUCCUCAGCCGUGCCUCUAAUAGCAGAAGCUAAAAUGGAGCUUCGCUCUGAUUGGCCAGUGGAACUGCUACUGUUAACCAGCCAAUUGCCCAAGCACUGCAAAAUAUCAUAUCAUGCAAUGGAUGGUACAUCUCCUUAGCAUACUUAACACAAAAGCUCAAAAAGACAAUCGAUCAGAUUAAUAAUGCAAAACGUGUCGGCUAAGAUAAAUGGUUCGUUUUCAAUCUCCCCAUAUGUGGCUUUUGGAUAUUAUAAGGGUAUUACAGACUAUAAGUGCAUAGGUUAUAAUGUAGUCCUAGUCUGCAGUCGCAAACUGUUUUUGAGUAAUGUUUUAUUUACGUAAUAUAUUGUAAACAGACCCAACCGUUUUCCUGAGAUACACCAUUAGCACAGCUCUAGGGUCAGGCUUUAAAAUUCCUUUGGCUAACCUUUUCAAUCAGGAAUUAAAACGUAAUACUGACCCUAGAUCUGUGCUUAGACAGAACUUGCGUCUACCUUCUAAGUCCAUCUUGUUUGCCGUUUGAGUAAAUGUAGGCGGUAGAUUCAACACUUAUUACAUGCCCAAUGUGCGAGCUAUAGCUACUAUACAAUUACUUUAAAUAUUUACAUUAAAAUGCAAUACAUAUCUUGAUUUAUUAAUGUGACUUUGUGUUUAAAAGUGUCCAAUAAUAUUCCAAAAUAUACACAUACGUAAAGAACCUCGAAUCGAAAGUGCGAAUGGUAUGAGGGAAGGGAAGCUCAAUAGUGGUGUAUUGUGGGAGAGACCGAAACCCCAGACUGGAGGCACAAUAUGUGUUGGCUCGCAAAAAGGAGACAGUAUCCUUUAAAUCAUGUAGUGUAAUCAGUGGGAGGUAAACGAUCUCGCCGUUUGAUUAUUAAAAUAUCGUUCGAUCGGAUAAAUCAUGUCCAAGCCAGGGGAAAGAAACAGGCUAAACGAAGACCAUGGCAGAAAGCAGAGUUCAAGUUUGGCGAACGGCAUGGACAACCACCAUCCCGUUUGCAGUUCGGGAGAGAAACGAAGUCACCAUUGGAGAAGUUUCAAGUUGAUUAUUGACCCAGCGUUGAAAAAGGGAUCGCACAAACUGUAUCGUUACGAUGGAACGACUUUUAACAUGCCCAACCCUGGGAUGCCACCCGUUGAUAUCGUCCGAGACCCGAGAAUCGGUCGUCUCUGGACAAAGUACAAGGAGAUCGAUCUGCCGGUUCCGAAGUUUAAGAUUGACGAAUGUUACAUCGGCCGUGUUCCACCCAAGGAGGUGACAUUUGCAAGGUUGAAUGAUAACAUCAGAGAAGGUUUUUUGACUGACAUGUGCAAGAAAUUUGGAGACAUAGAAGAGGUGGAAAUUCUAUACAAUCCGAAGAACAAAAAGCAUUUAGGAAUAGCUAAAGUUAUUUUUGGAACUGUAAAAGCAGCCAAGGAUGCUGUCCAGACUCUACAGAACACGUCUGUCAUGGGCAACAUCAUCCACGUGGAGCUGGAUCCUAAAGGAGAGAAUCGCCUUCGAUACUUCCAGCUACUUCUGAAUGGCACCUUCACCCCUCGGACACUUCCGGUGGGAGGAGAAGUGUCCCCUCGUAGCCUGGCAGAGGCUCUUCUGGCCUGUGAACCCUUGCGCCGGCUCUCUGAGAGCAGCUCAUCUGCUGCAGUGGGAGGCACAGUGACCCCCAGCGGCGCCGCCACCAACACCACCCCAUUGUCCCAGGACACGGCUUACUCUAGCCUAAGGCAAGACACGCCGCAGUCCCAGGGCACCCCUCAUACCCCUCGCCAGACCAGCACCCCCUUCUCUCAGGACUCCAGCUAUUCCAGCAGACAGGGCACCCCAGCCUACCAGUCUAGCCGGACCGAAGGCUCCGGAAGCUACAAGUCUCGCAGACACGAGAGCAAGUUCCAGGAUGCCUACAACCGGAGACCGGAGAGGCGCUACGUCCAUGGCGCUGGGGGAUCGGGAUCCUCCUCAUCCUCCUCCUCUUACCGAGGCAAUUUUGAACAGUCUGCCUUUAAGCAGCACCAACCUGCCCCACCUGAACCCCCUCCCUCUGCCUCAUCCUUUGCCCACACACCUCCUCCCCCUUCCAGUGCCAGCUUUAAGUCAGCCUUCUCCCCCUACCAGCAGGCCCCCAUGCCCCCUGCGUUCCCCCCCUCAGAACCUCCGAUCCACCAGCCUGUCCAGCGGGAGGUGGAGUACCGGAGACCCCCCCAGCCCCCCAUGGCCCCUGCCACUGACUUCAUGCCAAUCAAGGAUAAGCCAGGUACUCCACCCAUUCCAGAACCCCCACCUGAACCCAAGGCCCACCCCAGCACCCCCCUUGCCCGGAAACCAGAGCACUGCCCACCUUCUCCUGGCACCCCUUCGCUGGAGUCAGAGCGAAAUAGCCUGGACUCCCGUAUCGAGAUGCUGCUGAAGGAGAAAAGGACAAAGCUUCCCUUCCUUCCUGGAGGCGACUCAUCAGACACUGAGGUGCGUAUGGAGGGGAGCCCCAUCUCCUCCUCUUCCUCUCAGCUGUCCCCCAUCCCUCCUUAUGGGGGCACCCACACCUCUCGGCCCUCUAGCACAGGCCUGGAGGACGUCAGCCCCACGCCCCUGCCUGACUCCGAUGAUGAGGAGCCCAUCCCUGGAACAGGCUUGCUCCUCGAGAGGGUCAUCUCCCCAGACCAUCUCCAUGGGAUGAACACCACUGACCUGAAGGAUGGUCGCCUCGGAAACCACACACCCACAGACAAAGUGGAGAGCCAUCAGUCUUCUGGGGAAGACAUGGAGAUCUCGGAUGAGGACGACAUGCCAGGCACACCCACGCACAGUGGCGACUGUGCCAAAGGCAUCGUGGUCCACUCUGCUGUGUCCCCCAUGCAGUCUAUGCCCCUCCCACCCCCCGGCUUUCAUCCUCUACCCCCUCAAGCAGGCUUCGGUCUUCCACACCACCUCUCUGCCGUCCCGGGCCCACACCUGGCAUCUGGAGUGCCCCACCCCAUGCUGCCUCACCUCUACCCCCAUGGCAUGGUGCCCAUGAUGCAGAUGGAGCUGAUGAGCUGCCUGCCUCAAUGGGGCAGCGUUCACAUGUCCUUCCAGAUGCAGACCCAAAUGCUGAGUCGCAUGGCCCAGACCCGGGGGCCCUACCCCUACCCACACUUCAUGAACACCGGAGGGACGACUUCAGCUGGGUCAGCAGCCAUGCAGUUUGGGGGUCCCUACCUACCCUUGUCCAUGAGUAGCACCCCAGCUGCCAGUGCAGGGGGCCACGGGCAGCAACCUUGGCCCCAUCCCAGCAUGCCCAAGUUCAACCCUGCCGUUCCUCCACCGGGCUACGAGGCUAAGAAGGAGGAUCCUCACAAGGCCACCGUGGAAGGGGUGCUGCUGGUCAUCGUCAAGGAGCUGAAGGCCAUCAUGAAGAGGGACCUCAACCGUAAGAUGGUGGAGGUGGUGGCCUUUAGGGCCUUUGACGAGUGGUGGGAUAAAAAAGAACACUCAGCCAAGGCGUCCCUGACCCCGGUGAAGGCUGGCGAGGAGGAGAAGGAGAAGCCCAAGCCCAAAGAGACCAUGGGCUCCAGUCUACUGGAGAACUGGAACAAGGGAGAAGGCCUAGGCUAUGAGGGAAUGGGCCUGGGCAUCGGCCUCCGAGGAGCCAUCCGCCUGCCCUCCUUCAAGGUGAAGAGGAAGGACCCACCUGAUGCCACCUCCACCGGGGACACUAAGCGAGCGCGACCCUCCACGCCUGUGGACGAUGAGCUGGAGGACAUAGCGGAGCUUCCAGAAGACGGGUCCAGGAUGGACGAGGACAGCGCGGCAUUACGGAGGCGACAUGCGCGGCCGCUGGAGCUGGACAGCGAGGGAGAGGAGGAAGUAGAGACUUCUGGGAAAGAGGAGUCUCUGUCCGAUAGGGAGGAGGAGCCUGACGAGACAGAGGCCUCUGAGAGGUUGUCAUCGGGCAAGGAGAGUGGAGAGGAAGAGGAUGAGGACGAAGAUGAGGCGGCCUCAACCAGUGAUGGUGAAUCAUCGGAGUCGUCGGAUGAGGAUGUUGCCAGUUCAGCAUCCUCGAAAGUUGUCUCUGACUCCUCUGCGAGUGGGGACUCCUCUGACUAUGAUUCCAGUUCAGAGGAGGAGGCAGAAGAAGAGGAGGAGGAAGAGGAGGAGGCGGCGGUAGACGUGGAGAGUCUACCGGAUAAAGACGAGGACCGGGUUCGGACAUCUUCGUCCUCAUCCUCCUCUUCGUCUUCAUCAUCUGAGGAGGAGGUGGAACCCAAGGCGCCCAGCACGCCCUUAGGUCCUCCCCCAGAGGACGAGCCCUCCGAGCUGGCUGGUUUAGAGGAAGACCAGAGGCCUAGGGAGGGGCUGAAGCUCAAGCCCAACCACAGAUCCCUCAGCGAGGUGGAGGGAGCAGCGGAGCCUGGCCGGACCAGCCUGGAGGACCUCAGGCCACCUUCACCCAAAGGAGUCCCAGCUGAGGAGUCGGACCUUGACGUGGAAGUCGCCAUCCCUGUAUUGAAGACAGAGCCCCAGGAUGAUGUUACUAACCUGCGGCCACCCACCCCGACAGGCUCCCUGGCUGACAGCGACCAGGACUCUCGACCCAAGGCCCACACAGAGGACAAGGAUCUGCCCUAUACGCCAGGUAGAGGGGCUUCCACAUCCCUGGAGCCCGACACAGCCCUCCCUAGAUCCCUAGUAGUCCCACCUAUGCACCUCCCCCUCCCCCCUUCCCCAGCCAUGGGAGGCCACUCCCUCCUGCUACCGCCUCCCUGCCCCAUGCCGGACCUCCCGUUUAGGGCCAGGCUGUCCACAGACGAGGAUGUGCCCCGCACCCCUGGCAGGGACCUGAUGGACCGGGCAAGGGGCCUGGGCAAGUCCCAGAACAGCACUGAGAACGUGCCCGUCACGCCUGGCAGCGAUGCCCCUCUGACUGGCAGCAGCCUGGUCAGCCUCAGCUCCCCCCACAUAUCCGGCAGCCCCUUCUCCUACCCUGCCCAGUCCCCCGUCCUGAGUGCAGGUAUCCCCCGAACCCCUGGCAGAGAUCUGACCUUUACCCCUGUCUUCCCAGACCCCACAGCCCUGGCUGCUGGCCUUCCCAUCCACCGGAAAGCCUCUUCAGAAAGCCCGCUGUUCAAGGAGCCUCCACUCAGCACCCUGGCCAGCCAGACCCUGCCCCCCGACUCCCUCCAGGGACAGGCCUUAACCAGCGUGCCAAAAGACCUGCCUGCUGUCCCGGCCUUAGACCUCCCAGUGCCCCCGGACGUAACCCCGCCUAAGAGGAAGCCUGGGCGACCCAAGAGUAAAAAGGCUGCAGCACUGGCAGCUCUGGCAGCACUGACUUCUCCUAAGACUGAGUCUAUGGAGCUCUCGGUGACUCCCACCUCCAUGCCCCCCUUUUUGCCUCACGAUGCCCAGCUCCGAGAACUCUCUGCAGACACGGCUGCUGCAGCCACUCUUCCUGACAUCCCCGGCUGCGCUGGGCUAGACUCCUCCACAGUGGGCCUGGACUUCCGGGAAGGGGAGCCAGAGCCGCAUACGGUUCUGCCCCUUGACGACCGGUUCCUCCCCUAUGAAGAAGAGGAGCACGUGCAGAAGCCUGCCCGUAAGGUGCGGCGAGGGUGGGAAGAGCUGCUGCUGGCUAGCCACUCCCCCGCGUUCACGCCGCCGCGGCCCCACUACGUCCCACGCUCGGAGUUUGAGGAGAUGACCAUCCUGUACGACAUCUGGAACGACGGCAUCGAUGAGGAGGACAUCCGGCACCUGCAGGUCACGUACGACAAGAUGCUGCAGCAGGACAACGGCAACGACUGGCUCAACGACACGCUGUGGGUCCAGCACCCUCCUACCAACAUCCCAGCGGUGAAGAGGAAGAGGAGGGACGACGGCAUGAGGGAUCACAUGACUGGCUGUGCCCGUAGCGAGGGCUACUACAAGAUCGACAAGAAGGACAAGAUCAAAUACCUCAACAGCAACAAGCACCUGCUGGAGGAGGGGCCCAUAGACAUGCAGGGCAAGAGUAUUCCCGCGCAGCCCCUAGUCUCCACCAGAGCUGGCUCUGAGCGGAGGUCAGAACAGCGCCGCCUGCUGUCCUCUUUCAGCUGUGACAGCGACCUGCUCAAGUUCAACCAGCUGAAGUUCCGUAAGAAGAAGAUUCGGUUCUGUAAGUCGCAUAUCCACGACUGGGGUUUGUUUGCUAUGGAGCCAAUUGCUGCUGACGAGAUGGUGAUUGAGUACGUGGGUCAGAACAUCAGACAGGUGAUUGCUGACAUGAGGGAGAAACGCUACGAGGACGAGGGCAUCGGGAGCAGCUACAUGUUCCGUGUGGACCACGACACCAUCAUAGACGCCACCAAAUGUGGCAACUUCGCCCGCUUCAUCAACCACAGCUGCAAUCCCAACUGCUACGCUAAGGUGAUCACAGUGGAGUCCCAAAAGAAGAUCGUCAUCUACUCCCGACAACCCAUCAAUGUCAACGAGGAGAUCACCUACGACUACAAGUUCCCCAUCGAGGACGAGAAGAUCCCCUGCUUGUGUGGGGCAGAGAACUGUAGGGGAACGUUGAACUAACGUUAGACCCUGGCCAAGGGGAAACUCCCGGAAAACAACAAGCACUGUUACCAACUAACGUUGUCCCCCAUUCCCUGGACACACACACAGAGACACCAUGCUAAAAACACAAGGACAAAAGAGGAGGGGUGGAAGAACCAGGAGAUGGGUAAACAACCCAUCAUCUGGAUACAGUGCAGCUACCUGUCUGGGACUCUUUUUAUACAUGCAGAUAUUUACUCAAGAUUGUUUACGAUUCCAGGUGCUCUUUAAAAUGGACAUAAACAUGGGUUUUCUACUACUCUGCCAGUGAUCCUUUGAAUUUCCACAAUGCUGUACACCAUCUGGCUUCCUGGUGCAGCACUCUUAAUUGUUUUGUGUUCCAUUCAGCAUGGUUCCCCCCAGGUCUGGUCUUGGCUUGUACAGUUUUACCUACUCCAACUUUUCUCAUAAGCUUUACGGAGACCACGUGGAACGUAGCCCCCCCCCAUUUUCUAUGUUCACACACACACUUCUAGCUCUAGCUGCUCAUUAAUACUGUUGACACGCACAAUGAAAACACUUGGCCGUGGGAGGGACACCGCUUCCCCCAUGGGAGAUGACACUAUUCUCACCAUUUUGGUGGUCAUAGUGGCACAUACAGGAAGUAGGUUUCGGGUCCUGAGAACUGGGUUUGCUACCCAAGGACAAGCCUGCGGGGAUGCCUCCAUUUCCUUAACCCCCCCCCCCUUUUGUUUUCAUUGUAAAUGCAGAAAACUGAUGUAAUUGAAGCUACAGAAUGAGUCAUUGUGUCAUCAAUUCACCAACAUGUGGAGAUCACUGGAGUGCAGAUGAAUCCACACCUGCUCAUUCCAGCAAAGAAUAUGGAGUAUGCUGCUGUCUGUUACUUUAUUUAAACAUGAAGGAAUACGUUUUCAGAGAUUUAUAAAAUGUUAUUCCAAUGGUUUUGCCAUCCUUUGUCAUUCAGAAAUGACCCUUCAUACUGUCUUGUCUUCCCCCCAAAACACUAUUGUAUUUUGUGUGCAAUGAGUGAAUGUACUGCCCUCUGUAGGCCAUACUGUAGAAAUAGGGAAUGGGAAAAUAAUGCAAGAUGGGUUCCUUAAAAAGUGAGCUUUUACACCAUAGUGUAGUAUAGUGUUUCCAAAAGCAACCAUAGGCACAUCAUUCCUUCCAUAGCAAACGUUGUUAUCCCUGCACAGUGAGACUGCUGAUGCAGAUUGUAUUGAAAUGUUUGGACUUCAUGAUGCCUUCUCACCUCCAACAUGACAUCCAUACAUGUCAAUCUGGUUGCUAAGGUUACCAUGUUAUAGAAGUUAUUCACCAUUUAAAAGACUGCUCUAAGGAAGGGUUCCGAUCCGUACAGCUGAUGAGUGAAUAGCAAUUUCAACUAGCAUUAUUAGCUUUAGGCUUUUUGUCAGGCUUAGAUUUCUUCCUAAAGCUUAUCCAAUGCUGUCUGGAAGCCAUACAGGUGUCCAUUGCAUUUCCAGUGUUAAAUCUUGAGAAAAGCAUUUAUUCAAUGCUCUAUAAAGUUCACAACAGGAAAAUGAUAGUAAAAAUAGGUGUAAACUAGGUAAAUGUAAUUCCAAUGUUCUCACAUGACUGCAGUUAAGAGGAACUUUUUACAUUAGAAUUACCUUGACAAAAGCCUUGGAAUGGGGGGUGUGGCUAGAAAAGAAGGCAGUUUAUAAAUGUAAGUUAAACCACAAGUGUCAUAUACAUGUCUAGCUUCUGGGGUUUCCAUGACUACAGGGCAAAAGUGUUUCUGAAAUCUGCCGCUUGCUACUGUGUUAAUGCGCAUGCACUAUUAUGAAUUGCUGUCUACUUUCGCCUGUGUGAAUGUGUUUGUAUGACAUGAAUGUGUGUGGUGUACGUGACAUUGUUUUUAUUUUACUGGCUGGCGGUGUGUUGGUGGUGGCUGGUUUAGGUGUUCUCACCCCAUGGUGCUUCUUUGUAACAUGUCAGGUCCCUCCCGGUACAAGUUAGUUCAGUAUUCUACUCAGUGUUUCUAAUCUGAAACAACCCAAUAGACCUUGCACUAUCACCACCACACUAAGAACCCCAAGCUUCAAUCUUCUGUUUGUGUAUGUUUGUCGCGUGGGUAUUGUCUCUUGUCAUUCAGUUUCAUGAAUCAUUGCUGUUUGUGAAUGCACUGGAGGCUUGCACUUCUGCUUACGCCCUCCUAGCCAAUCAGAAGUCUGACAACCAAGUAAUUCAUUGCUUCUCAUUCAGUUGGAUAGCUCAUAGUGUCUUUUGUUAGUUUUUUUUAACAACCGUGAUGUUUAUAUUGUACAGGAUCACUUGUAUAGAAAAAUACCUGAAGCUUUUCUUUUUUUUUUAUCGUCAUGGGGAAUAAAUAAAAUGAUGCAUCUUUUUUAUUUUUUAACAAAAGAUUGAGUAUUUGAAGUGGUCUUUUCAGGGAUCAGUAAAAAAAAAAGUAAUCUUUAAAAAAACAUGGGUUUAAUUGUUUAUUUAAAGGAAAGGUGCAUCUUGUACAGAACAAAAAUCUCCAUUUCCCUUUGAAAGAUUGUUUCUUGUAGAAACGUCUUCAUUUUUUUCUGCCCAUUUCCUUUGUAAUCUUAAAAUGAAUAAAUACUUUAACUGUGAAUAUAUAUAUAUAUAUAUUUUUGUUCCAGGGGAUUUGCUACAGAAAUACAGCUGAGAGAUCUGUGUCAGACAGAGCUGGUGAAGCUGGUGGCAGUAUUUUCAGCUUGUGUCAAGCUUUAUUUAGUAUUUUCUGUUGUAAAUUCUAUGAAAACUUGUUUGCAGUGUGGAGAAAGGAAAAACACAUGGUGCAGAAAUGACAUGGGAAUGGGGUGGAAUCAUCAGCCUGUUUCUCAUGUCUAUUUAUUACACAACAAAUGUAUGAAAAAUAAAAUCAUAGAAAAUAAA